AUGGGCUGCAAACUCUCUCGGGCGGUGCGGCCGCCCGCGAAAGCUGAGGCCUCUAUUGGCAGCGCGCCUACCUCUCACAAGGCUGAACACGCGGACACACCACAAGAGUGCAAAGAAAGUGCACCGCAACUAUCACGACCUUUCUCCUACGACGACAUUGCAAUCACAUCUUCAGCCACAUUGCCGAUAGUCUGCCAAAGGCGGAACAGCGCGCCCACCACGACGAUGGAAACAACACAAGAACCUACUGCCGCCUUCAGCCUGUUCCUCGCAGAGCGUUGCCUCAUGUCGAUUCAACUCCCCGAUGACCAAAUCGACGAGCCCGUCGUCGCAACAGUCCCAUCCAUUCCGACACCUCCGCAGCCUAGCAAUACUUUGGAAGAGUCCACCGUUCAGUGCAUCACUUGUUGUACAGCGCUGCCUAACGAAAAGGACAAGUUUUUCAAUCCCUGUAAGCAUUGUGAUAGUGUAUAUUGCGGAUCAUGUAUCAGGCAUUUGUUUAUCGAAGCUUGUAACAAUAUGACGCGCAUGCCGCCACGAUGCUGCGGCCCGAUCCAGUUACACCACGCAAGGCCUCAUCUGACUGGAGAAGAAAUCGCUGUAUUCAAAGCAAAGCAUGAGGAGUGGUUGACUCCAAACCCCUUCUAUUGUCCCAUACCUACAUGCUCAGUUUUCAUACCGGAACGACUUCUUCCCGAGCAGAUAAAAACAGACAGAAAACGAACAGAUUCUGAGGCCGGAAUUCCAAUUUCAAAGACGUUUACAUGUCAUGCUUGCGAAUCAAGCAUCUGCGCAGACUGCCGACUGACUGCACACCCUUCCAGUGCGUGCAAUGUCUCCGAGUUUGGCAUCGACAAAGAGACCACUAGACUUCUGAAGAGCUGGGGUUACAAGCAGUGCCCAAAAUGCCGGCAUGGGAUCAAGCGUAUGUUUGGAUGCAGACAUAUGGAGUGCCGUUGCGGAGCCCAUUUUUGCUAUAGUUGCAUGGGUCAUCCAGAUUUUUGCGGAGAAGAUUGUUUCGACGACGAAGACUAUGAACAUGAGAGCGACAACGAGAGCAUGUCGGAGUCAUCGGAGUCACCUGAAACAUCUUCUGCGCAAGGAGAACAGCAAGAUACUGAGCCACGUGUUGCACCACCGGCCGAAGCCGUGAAUCUCGAUAGGGGGACUGCUUCAUACUGGGCAAGGCAAGCCCUGGACUUUGGCGAAGAACCAGGUCAGGAUUUCGCGGACCGCGCUUGGAACUGCUUCCAUUCCUUCAACCCGUACAAGAUCGAUUUGGAACAGGCUCUAACUACAAACUCUUCGGACGCAACGCUGGAGUGCGUGAAGUGUUGGCGUACAAUAUAUCCAGUAAUCAGAGAGCCGCCCCGUGUUUCGUCGAUGGGGCAGGCCCAGACGAUAUCUCUGGGGUCAAGAGUGAAUGACACAAGUACAGAGCGAUUGAUUUCCAGAGAGCAUGGUCGCGGGAGGAGGAGAUAUGGUGAAUACAAACCUCCACGCAAUCUCUUCCGCAAUGACAACACCACAAUGGGAGCGACGAUUUGUCAGCCCACCGCGGCACCUUCUCCUCUCUCACAAAGCGCACCUGACAAUGAAUCGCCGCUUACACAAUACCUGAACCGGCAUUGCGAAUCAAUUGUUGAUAUCUACGGCAACAUCAUCUUCCCAGCUGAACCACAACAGCAGCAGCGCCGUGCAUCAAUGGACGACCACGAUUACCACGACAUCUACACAUUGCCAUCAAACAACGACCUGAAAGAAAAAUCCCCGCUUUUCAAUACGGCAUCUCCAAACUCAACUACCCUCACUCCUGACCUUCGAAGAAACAUCGCUUACGACUGCUCCGAAUGCAACCUACUCGUCUGCGAGUUCUGCAAAGACGUUUUAAUCAUUGCGCGGGACAUGGGCGUCGAGAAGCACAAAGAGCGGAUACAAAGACUCGAGGAACGGAGAGAGAGGCGCAGAGUCGAAUAG